AUGGCGGCUGCAACUCGUUCAAUGGAGGCCCGUGUGGGCAGGACUAAUCAGAGAUAUGGCGCCAAAGGAGAGAGACUUGUAGCCGGCAUUGUCCCCUUGUCCGUCGACAAAACCAAAGUGUUGAUGAUUCAGUCCGCUGGACCAGGUGGAUGGGUUUUACCAAAAGGAGGCUGGGAACUUGAUGAACCGACCGCUCAACAAGCAGCACAGCGAGAAGCUUGGGAAGAAGCAGGCGUCAUUUGUGCUGUGCAGCGAGAUCUUGGCGUUAUCCCGGAUAUGAGGCCCGCUGGUCUAUUGUCUUCCACGGCUCCAAAAGCAUCAUAUCAGUUUUUUGAAGCCAUCGUUAGCCGCGAAGAGGCCCAGUGGCCUGAAAUGCACAAGAGGAAACGGCAAUGGGUCACAUACGCGCAAGCUGCAGCUGCCUUGGUUAAUCGCCCCGAACUACUCGAAGCGUUAAAUCGCAGUUCGUUGCGACCGCUGUCUGAUGACCUGAUAUGA